CGCUCCGUCUCUGGAGUUACGGCGACCUCAGGCCUGGCGAAGACACAGGGGGGAGCUGCAGGACCCGGAGGCGCGCUACGGCCGGCCCGUGAGCAGGGCGGGGCAGAUCAGGGCGGCCGCCUCCGCGCGUCCCACAGGGACCAUCCUCUCCGCUCCGGGCCUCAGUGCGCAGGGCGGGAGACGGGGCGCACCCCGGCCAGGCUGGCAUGGACCUCCCGCGCCGCUGGCUCUUUCGAAUGUUGCUGCUCGUCGCCACCAGCUCUGGGAUUCUCUUCAUGCUGUACUCCUCGGCGGGGCAGGGGUCCCCGGAGACCCAGGUUCCCGCCAGGAGCACCACGACGCCUAGAGCAUUCUUUGAGCCCAAGGCACCGAAUUCGGAAAACAGAAAGAGCCGAUCCUGCCAACACUCGCUAUCCCUGGCCAUUCAGAAGGACCAUCGCUUCCGGGGCCUGUUUGACCUCUCCACCCCAGUGCUUCUGUGGGAUGGCCUCUUCACUCAAGAGCUGUGGGAUAAUCUGAGUCAGCACAAAGUCCCCUACGGAUGGCAGGGGCUCUCCCGUAAAGUCAUUGCCUCUACCCUGACACUUCUGAAGGACCCGGAGAGCGCAGAGCUGUUUGGUGCUUCCGGGAAACUACCCCUGAGCUGUAUCAGCUGUGCCGUGGUGGGUAAUGGAGGAAUUCUGAAUGGGUCCCGGCAGGGUCAGAAAAUCGAUGCGCACGACUAUGUCUUCAGACUCAAUGGCGCCAUAACCAAAGGCUUUGAGCUCGACGUGGGCACUAAGACCUCCUUCUACGGUUUCACCGUGAACACCAUGAAGAACUCGCUCAUCUCCUACUCCAAACUGGGCUUCACCUCUGUGCCGCAAGGGCAGGACCUGCGCUACAUCUUCAUCCCCUCAAGCAUCCGGGAUUACCUGAUGCUGAGAUCUGCCAUUCUGGGUGUGCCUGUUCCAGAAGGACCAGAUAAAGGGGACAGGCCUCACAUCUAUUUUGGACCGGAAACCUCUGCCAGUAAAUUCAAGCUCCUGCAUCCGGACUUCAUCGGCUACCUGACAGGAAGGUUUCUGAAAUCCAAGUUGAUCAACACACGUUUUGGAGACAUGUACAUGCCUAGCACAGGAGCGCUCAUAUUGCUGACAGCCCUGCACGCCUGUGACCAGGUUAGUGCCUACGGAUUCAUCACUAACAACUACCAGAAGUACUCAGACCACUAUUUCGAACGAGAGAAGAAACCACUGAUAUUCUACGCAAACCAUGAUCUGUCCCUGGAAGCUGCGCUAUGGCGAGAUCUGCACAACGCCGGCAUCCUCUGGCUGUACCAACGCUGACCCCAAAGUGUCCGAUGUCUGUGCUUCAAAAGCACUUUUCCUGACCUUUCAACCUUUGGAAGAAGCAAGACUCCCCUUGGCCCUCCGCUUCCCAACAGAGGGUAUUGAGACAAGA